AUGUUGAAAUAUUUUGCAAAGAGACAUAGAAGUUCAAUUGAAUCAUCUAGUGUUCCCGAUGAAGAGUCUAAUCCUGUACCACAACCACCACUACCUCCUCCUCCUCCUCCGCAAAUUUUAUUUGAAAAUAUUGGAAAUCUGAGUAGUGAAGUAGAAAUUGUUGCUGAUCCUGGUUUACGAAAAUUGAUUGAAGAGUAUGAUGUUGGUGCUAGAGAUCGUAUUCGAAAAGAAUAUGUUGUUAUGGGCCUUUGUCAACCUCGAGGUGGAGUUGGUAGUGUGCACAAUGAGGCAAGAAUACAGUUUGAGAGUUUCAAGAAUCAAAGACAAAGUGUGAAGUAUUCAUUUUCAUCGGGGAAACAUGAGAUUGAAGUUGCUUAUCGCAAACGCUUUGACUUUCAUUUUAAAAAGUAUCCAGAAGUUGCGGCAGUUGUUGAAAUGAAUGUACUUGGAAAUAAUCAAAUGAUUGCCCUAAAAAUGCAAAAGCAACUGGUGAAUGCUUGUGUAGUUGAGACCACAAAUACUAUUCUAGCUGAUCUUGGAGAUAGGCGGUUCACUUUACUACUUGAUGAGGCUUGUGAUUGUUCAGUGAAAAAGCAAAUAACAGUUGUUAUUAGAUAUGUGAACAAACAUAGAGAGGUGAUUGAACGAUUUAUGGCUGUAGUUCAUGUUGCAACAACUACAACUGCUUGUUUGAAGGAGGCAAUCGACUCUUUAUUUGCUAAAUAUGGUUUGUCAAUGGCGAGAUUGAGGGGUCAAAGAUAUGAUGGUGCUUCAAAUACGUCUGGAGAAUUUAAUAGCUUAAAGUCACUGAUAAUGAAAGAAAAUUCGUAUGCAUUGUAUGUUCAUUGUUUUGCUCAUCAACUCCAGCUAGUGGUUGUAGCUGUUGCUCAAGUAAAUCAAUAUGUCUGUGAUUUCAUGUGGAUUGUUGGUUCGAUUGUGAACACAUCUGCAUCAUCUUGA